CUCCGCACGGGCCUCUUCCGGAAAAACAGCGGGGGUGGAAGGAGGCCGGAAAGGCGCUGCCGCUUAGUCGUCGCCGUCGUCGUCCUCCUCUUCCUCCUGGUGGUGCUCGCGAGCUCCAAGCCCUUGGCCGGUCGCGGGUAGGGUGACGAGUGAGAUGGUUCGAUCUCCGUCCGCAGCGGCGGCCGUCGCCGUGCUCCUCCUGUGCCUCUCCGGCCUCUGCCGCGGCGCCGAGCGGCUCGGGGAGAGGGAGUGCGAGGAGCUGGGGUUCACCGGCCUCGCCCUCUGCUCCGACUGCAACGCGCUCGCCGAGUUCGUCAAGGACCAAGAGUUAGUGGAUGACUGUCGUAAAUGUUGCACGGAGGAUUCAGAUGAUUCUAUCAGCAAGCUUGUAUACUCCGGGGCAAUUAUCGAAGUAUGCAUGAGAAAGCUGGUGUUUUAUCCCGAAGUUGUUGGCUUCCUUGAAGAGGAUAAAGAUAACUUCCCCUACGUAGAAUCUCGGUAUGCUUAUGGCUCUCCACCAAAGCUCAUAAUGCUUGACGACAAGGGUGAACAGAAGGAGACUAUAAGGAUUGACAACUGGAAGCGUGAGCAUAUUCGGCAAUUUCUCACAGAGAAGGUGAAGCCGGCGAAAUCAGAGACCUGAAUACUCAUGACAAGUUCCUCUCCCUGUAGAACCAUAUAUCGAUAUGUGUAUUUGUGUUCUUUUGCACGCAAAACCCCGGUCAUCCAUGAUCUGUACCUAAAGAAGGUAACAUGUGUACACUUCAACUGUUUUAACAAGACAACCUGUCAUGUAUGGAGUGCAUUUGUUUUGUUGUUGUAGACAGGCUGCUGGAUCUGUUAUCUACAACUGAACAUCAUCAGUCUAAACUAGUGCCUACUACUCCCUCUGUAACAUAAUAUAAGACGUUUUUUGA